AAACAGAGUCAAAUCGAACGUCUUCGAAGUAGAAACUAGAAACGAACAACUAAACAAAAUGAAAUUCCUAUACAGCUGCCUUCUACUGCUGGCCGUCUUCGCCGCCAGCCAGGCCUUCAGCUCCAGCUGGGGCAAGCGCAACAACACCGAUAUCCUACUCUCCCGCCAGAACGAGAGGCGUGCCCCACUCAAGAACAACUACUGGAGCGUCAAUAUCGAUUACCCAAUGCAGGGCACCAGCAACAACUACACGAUCAGCUUCAUCAAUGUGAUCGACAACUUCCGCAACACCUCCGGUGCCACGCCCAGCCUGUGGAGCGGCGGCCCCGGCUACCGUUAUGCCCAAAUCAAUCUGCGCAGCCAGGUCAGCCGUGGCAUCGACUCCACCGUCGAGAUCUAUGGCAAAAGGAAAUAAAUGUCUCAAGUAACUCGAACGAUGUGCCCGAUAAAUAACUCCCAUAAACU